CCCAUGAUUUGGAUUUUCAAGGAGAAAGGUAUCCCGAAAGGUGAAGCCCUCGUCACAUACGAAGACCCUCAGUGUGUCCAAGCAGCUAUAAAAUGGUUCCAAGAACAUGAAUUUCUUGGCAGGAAGAUUGAUGUGAAACAAGCCAUUAACAGUCAACGUCCCGUUAUAAUCCCUCCUGGUGGUGGUGGCGGUCAGAAUAAUGCAAUGAUGAACAUUCCUAACAUGAUGCCUAAUACGGGGUCAACUAAUACCGCGACAGCCCUGGCUGCGGCUGCAGUUGCGGCAGCGGCAAGUGGGAACACAAUGGCCAGUCUCAUGAACAACAGUGCUGCAGCAGCUGCCAGCUUAGCUGCUCUGACUGGUGGCACGGGCACACAAUACGAUGGUAAAGACUAUUCGGGUGCUGGUGGUCGUGGCGGCAGUGCGAGUCGGGGUGGACGUGGUGGAAUGACUAAUGGCUCUGCUGGACGCACUGGUGGGUCCAAUCAAGCUGGUUCUAGAGAAGGUGACUGGAGUUGCGCACAAUGCUGCAAUAUCAACUUUUCCUGGCGAGAGCAAUGCAAUCGGUGUCAUGCGGCUCGCUCUCAAGACAUGCCAAGCGCUGGAGAAGUCCCGGGUAUGCCGCGACCCGCCGGUGUCGGAAUGCCACGUGGAGGUGGACAGGGUGCAAUCCCUGUUCUCAGUGCCGGUGCUCCACCCGCAAUGCCUGGCUUUGGUCGAGGUGGACCAGUAGGAGCCACCAUGCCAAUGGCUGCUCGAGGGGGCCGUGGCGGAGGUCCGAUGCGUGGCAGCGGUGUUGGAGUUGGUAGAGCGCGACCUGCUCCCUACUAA